ACAUGACUGCGAGUUCUGUCUGACAAGUGACAGCUAGAUCCAGUCCCCACUCCCCAGUCAAAUAAAUUCGGGCCGGGGAAUUCACGGAAAGUGCUUCUAAAUACACAUGGAGAACGUUAAAACGUUGUAAAAUUAAGUUUUUGCCAGUGAAUUGUGUACUUUUCGGCUCGUGAUUCUGUAGAUGAAAAAUAUUUGAAAUGUUUUGCAGUAUUCCCAGGUCAUUGAUAUGUUCGAACGCUAUAGCACCGAAUCGAGCGCUAGCGUAUGCAUUAUCGAAAUGUCCCGCGCUUCUAGAGGCUUCGUCGCAAUGCCGGAACUACCAUGAGGUGACCGGAAACAUAAUAUGCCCCAACGUGGUGAGGGGUAUCGACCAUCUCAGGGACCCCCGACUUAACAAGGGUCUGGCAUUUACAUUAGAAGAACGGCAAGCGCUUGGCAUUCACGGCCUUUUGGCGGCCAAGUUCAAGUCACAAGAAGAGCAGCUGGAUAUCUGCAGGAUAUCAAUAGAUAGAUACGAGGACAAUCUCAACAAAUACCUUUACCUCGUCGAGUUACAGGACAGAAAUGAGAAGUUAUUCUUCCGUCUGUUGUCAGAAAAUGUGGAGAAGUAUUUGCCCAUAGUUUACACACCCACCGUAGGCCUGGCCUGCCAAAGAUUUGGUCUCAUCUACAGACGGCCGAGAGGUCUCUUUAUCACUAUCAAUGAUAAAGGGCAUAUAUUUAAUAUCCUCAAAAACUGGCCCGAACCAGACGUCCGUGCGAUAGUCUUCACAGAUGGGGAGCGUAUCCUCGGCCUGGGUGACUUGGGAGCGUACGGUAUGGGUAUACCUGUGGGAAAGCUGUCUCUAUACACUGCUCUGGCAGGAAUAAAACCGCAUCAGUGUUUGCCCAUCACUUUGGAUGUUGGGACUGAAAAUCAGGAUUUGCUGGAAGAUCCACUUUAUAUUGGUCUGCGCCAAAAACGAGUGAGAGGGAAGGAGUAUGACGAGUUUAUCGACGAAUUUAUGGAAGCAUGUGUUCAGAGAUACGGACAAAAUACACUUUUGCAGUUCGAGGAUUUCGCGCUAUUGAACGCUGGUCGUCUGCUCGCGAAGUACCGCUUCAAGUAUUGCACGUUCAACGACGACAUCCAGGGCACGGCCAGUGUGGCCGUCGCGGGACUGAUGGCCGCCGUCAGGGUCACGAAGAGGAAGCUCAGUGAAAACAUCUAUUUCUUCCUUGGUGCUGGAUCGGCAGCUAACGGCAUUGCCUCCUUAACAGUAGCUGCCAUGGUCGCAGAAGGUCUAACAGAGAAGCAGGCACAGGAUCGAGUGUACAUGUUUGACGUUGAUGGUCUCCUCUCCACUAGGAGAGAGGGAGGAGUCCCACCUCAUGCAAAGGCCUUUGGAAAGGACAUCGAACCGGAAAAGGACUUUGAAAAGUGCAUUGCGAAGAUUAGACCUAGUUGUCUUAUUGGUUGCUCGACCGUGGGCGGUGCGUUUACCCCCGCAGUGCUGCAGCAAAUGGCAAAGAACAUCGAAAGGCCCGUCAUAUUCGCGCUCUCCAACCCAACGAGCAAAGCUGAGUGUACUGCUCAGGCCGCGUAUGAUCAUACCGAGGGCCGCUGUAUCUUCGCGUCAGGAUCUCCCUUCCCGCCAGUGCAGUACGACGGCAAGGAGUACCAUCCGGGGCAAGGAAACAACGCCUACAUAUUCCCUGGGAUUGCUCUGGGAGUUAUCGCGACUGCCACGCACCAUAUACCUGAAACUAUGUUCCUGACUGCUGCCAGGACUCUCGCUAAUUUCGUGAGCGAGGACGAUCUGAGAACUGGCCGCAUUUACCCUCCACUCGCCGACGUGAGGGAGGCGUCGCUAGCUAUCGCCAUCGAGGUCGCCAGGAUGGCUUAUGAUGAAGGUCUUGCGUCAGUAUAUCCCGAGCCAAAGGACCUCCCUAAGCACAUAAUGAAUCAAGUGUACAACUUCCACUACGAGAGUUCUAUGCCCGUUGUAUGGGAUUGGAAGCCCGAGGAGAAAUUCAACGUCCGGCCCAUCCAGCCUGUUCCUAAGAACAUUUAAAGUAUUAUUUAUCUUUAUUUAUUUUAAUAAAAUUAUGGCAACCGUUUGAAGUAUUAACGUACAAUGAAUCGGCACUAUUUCGAUUCAAAUAUUUUUCAUCAAAUAAAAUUUUUAAAAGGCACGACAUGGAUUUACUAUAAAUUAAUCUAUGGUUAAACCAUAAACAUAAUUGCAUGAAUCGUUGAUUUUAAUUUAUCAUGACGAUCAUAGCCGUGAUUUUUAUUUUGUGUGUUAUUAUUAUCAUCAAGAAAUAUUUCUUACCGAGUGACUAAUUAAUGUUUUUCGUGGUUUUAAUCUCUGAUAUUUUUAUAGAACUUCCAGUGAUAUUAACACUUAUUAUCAUUAUUUAUUAUUGUCUUGUUAAAAACAAUCAACAACUUAAUAAAACGAACGUUUACUUUGUGACACUUUAGAAGUGACUAGGGAAUAUAAGUAUUAUUAUUAAUUAUUAUUUAUUGUACGUUUAUAAUAAAAUGGUUAGUAAUAUGUAUGUACGUUGACAUUGUUCAUAUGUAUUCACUGGAGAUAAUAUCAGAUAUCUUGCCGAACAAUUACGGUUUUUAUUUUUAAAUGUAACAUACAAUAUAUUACCUCCAUUUUAAUUGUUUAUUGGCAGUAAUAAUAUUAUAUCGCAAGGAUACUGAAAGUUCAAAACGUUUAAAUACUUAAUAAUAACCAAAUUUUUCACUAUAUUAAACGAGCAUCGUUAAUAUGCACAUAACAUACAUAAGUGUAUAAUGAAUAAAUAAUUAUUCAAUUAAAUGAGUAAUAUAUUCAUUGAAAAAGCAUUGAAGUAAAAUAUACACGUUGUAACGAGAUUAAUUAAAUAACUUUGAUUACCUAGUAGAUUUGUUUUUGUAAAAGUUAUUCCUUCUAUUUUUUACUUAUUGAUUGGCAAUUUAUAAAUAAGUUUUUGAAAAAGCAUCUAGAGCACUUUCAAGUAUAUUUUAUUCAAAUAAUUAAGAGUAAUCUCUAAGUAUAAUUUUGAAUAUAAAAAAAUAAUUAUAUGUAGGUAUCUUUUAUUUUAAUACUUUCCUACAAUGGGUAUUAUUUUAAUGUUUUGAUCUUGACUUCUUGCGAUAUAAAACCAGGUAACACUUAAUAAUUAGACGACAAAAGGUUACAUAUAAAAUAACUGACCCAAUGCUUUUGCGUUGUCACAUUCAUCAAUUUCGGUCUCAUAUUAAGUAUAUAAAACGUCAGUAGAAUUGACUAUAUACGAGUUAGUAUUUAUAUAGUAGCUGUUAGUUAUUAUAUUAUGUAAUAUUUAUUAUAUUAUGUAUGUCUCGGUAGAUGUAGUAGUUAAUUGUGUGAAAUUGUAACCUUUUAUAAACCUUGAGUCUAAAUUCGUGUGGUGAAAAUUAAAACAAAACUAGUUAGUUUUAGACAUGUGUAUUAUGACGGAUAUAAUUAAUAAAAGUUGCACAUUAUGUUUAAAAAAGUAUGUAAAUAUUGUACGAAGUUGCAUAUAUGUAAAAGUUUUGCAAAAAAAAGUAUUUGUUAACAGUGUUUUCUUAGUUAGGAAAUUUCCUUAUUAGCUAAAUCAACAAGUAUUAUAUAAUUUCAAUUUUAUGUAUUACAAGUAAAUUUGUGUAAUUUUAACGUCUAGUCACCGCAGCAUUAAAAUGUAACAGCCAAUAAUUAUGAUAUUUUAUACUUAAUCUUUAAAUAAAUUCUUAAAAGACAAACGUAAAAAAAUAUUAAUAAGGGAAAAGCUACCAAUCGAAAUCUUUUGUGCAUCUAAUUGGCUAUAAUCAACUAUUGAUUGUAUUUAUAUAAUUAUUAAGUACAUAAUCGAAGUGUAAUAAUAUUAAAAAGGCCACGGCGACACCAGUGACACUAAAUUCUAGAACAAUUGCGUAAUUUUUCCAAAAAAAAAAAAUUGUUCGACUUAUCUACUAGUCGUUUUAGAGUAAAAAGGUCAGUAGGCCUAUUAUUUACUAUUGUGGCCUGAUGGUAUCAUUAUAAUAAUAUGUUACUUUUAUGGACAUUGUAUUAUUAAUUAUUAUGAGUAUAAAAGUAGUAGCCCUAAUCGCUUACUUAUGCUUCUAGAUGCUCUUCGAUUACGAAAAUGAGCUAUUAAUAAAAUAAAAUACAAAAUCGGAGAUAUUUCCAAUCUCACAAUAAUUUAAACAUUAAUAAAUGCUUCAUAGAAUCUAAAGAAAUACUUUGAUUCUGCAUUAAGUAUAGGUUUCGCUUCAGUAUUUUUUAAGGUAGUGAGACAUUAUUUUCGCUGAGCGAAAAAAAAGUUGAGGUGUGUCUCUGAUUAUGUUAUACCUGUGUGUAUCUAUUGAUACGAUGUGAUUAUGUUGCUGUGACGUAUAGAGAUUAUGGUUUUGAACUAACUAAACUGCCCUUAGGGUAAGGCCGCGAUUACACUUGUAAGUUUUACUCACGUAAGUAGCUUACGUAAUUAUUUGUCUAAAAAAAUUCUAAGGCCAAUGUACGUAUGAGAGUAUUUACAUUAGUAAGUUAUUCGUAAGUUACUUACGUGAGACAACUUAGAGGUGUAUCGGCGGCCUUUGAGCGAUAUCACUCAUUUAUAUGUGUGAGUCACAAUUUGAGUGUGUUCAUUAAAUCGGUAAUUAUGUGUGCGUGAGUGUAAGCAAUGCCUUUUGUUAAUCAUAAUCACGCACACAUUGUUAUGUACGUACACAUUAGUGU